AUGCACUAUAGUACGAAGACAAGAAGCUGUGCAUUCAUAUUAUAUUCAAGUCAGAAAAUGCUCUUCUGGUCGACACGCCACGCACGACUGGUACGAUGGUCGAAUGUAGAACGUGCCGAUUAUGAAAAUUCCCGUCGAAUCCGUGUCCGAACGUUCGGUAAUCGGAAACUGAUAGAAGAUACGCAAAAUGGAUCUCACUGCUCUUGA